ACAAAAUUUGACAGCUAAAAAUUCUCAAGUCUCGCGUUGUCGGAAAAAUCCUGUGUUUUCGUUGGAAAUGCUUAUGCAAUGAGCGAUGCCUGUCCUGUUAACGGCCAAUUGAAGAAAUUCGUAUUUCGUGGCAAAUCCAACACUAACGGCGAUACCCGAGGUGAAUACUUGGAGAUAGUAAUACCGGAGCUUCUGUCCGCUGGCUACUCGUUCUACACGUGGCCAUCUGCGCCGCUAUUGGCUUGGUAUUUGUGGACGCAGAGGCGGCAUUUGCGCGAUCUGAGAGUGCUAGAGUUAGGCUGCGGAACGGGGUUGCCUGGUAUAUUAGCUGCCAAGUGCGGGGCACAGGUUACGUUAACCGAUAGCGUUGCACUGCCGCGAUCUUUGCGUCAUCUAUCCGCUUGUUGCGAAGCCAACGGGUUAGUUCCCGGGCGUGACGUGCAGCUUCUCGGGCUCGCUUGGGGCUUGUUCCUAGCCGACGUCCAUUCCCUUCGCCCUGUAGACCUGCUCCUAGCGUCCGACUGUUUCUAUGAGCCGUCACAAUUUGAAGAAGUCCUGUCCACUGUAGCUUAUCUCUUGGACGGCACUGACGCUAGAUUUUUGUGUGCUUACCAGGAACGCAGCGCGGACUGGUCCAUUGAAGCUCUGCUCAAGAAGUGGGGGCUGAAGGGUGCACUGCUCGACCUCGACUCGCUCAGCGAGAGCUCCGGCGUGGAUUACAGGGCGCUCAUCGGCGACAGGUCUUUGCAUUUGCUCGAGGUGGUCGCUGCUUAGGGUAUGGCCAGCACAGCUCGCGCCGCGCGUCUCUAUGUCGGCAACUUACCAUGGACGGUAGGCCAUCGUCAGUUGAGAGAAUAUUUCGCUCAAUUUGGGCCCGUUCAGACCGCCCGAGUCAUCUUUGACCGCUCAACUGGUUU